UUUUUUUUGGAGCUUUAAAAGCAGAAGCAGCAGUGAAGACCAGAUCUGAAAUCUCCAUUUUCUCUCUCUUUGAGCUUUCUUCUUCGGUUUAUCUCUGAAGUCUUAUCAUUUCAAUCACUGUGCUAUACACACACAUAUAUACACACACACACACAUACUUUGAAAAAAAAAAAAAAACCUUUAAAGCUCUCUUUGAAAAUCAAGCAUCACUGUAUAAUCUGGUCAUCUCUUCAAAUAUGCCACGCCCUUUUUUCCAUAAGCUUAUUCUCUCCUCUACUCUCCAAGAUAAGAAACUGAGGAUCCCUGAUAACUUUGUUAAGAAAUUCAAGGAUGAACUUUCUGUUGCAGCUGCUCUCACUGUCCCUGAUGGUCAUGUUUGGCGUGUAGGGAUUAGGAAAGGUGACAACAAGGUCUGGUUUCAAGAGGGUUGGCCCGAAUUCCUUGACCGAUACUAUAUCCGAAUAGGAUACUUUUUGAUCUUUCGAUACGAAGGGAAUUCGGCUUUUAGUGUUAGUAUCUUUAAUUUGUAUAAUUCUGAAAUAAACUAUCAGUCUAAUGCUCUUCUUGGUAGUCAAUACAAUCAUGGGAAAUCAUAUCCGUUCGAUGAACUCGAAGACGAUGAAUGCAUGUCUUCAGCUAUGCAGCAUUUGUUCGGGGGAUCCAAACUUAACCAUUGCGUUAAUUGGAGCGGUGAAGUUAACCUUAAUGCAGCAAAAAGCGCGAAUAAUCAACCUAUUCGAGUGAAAUUGCGUACUUCAGGUUCAGAGACGCCACCACCAAAGAAACCCGGGAGGAAAAAGCAGAAGUUCGACCCUAAUGAUCAGGAUUUGUCUGUUGGACAUGAAGACGAUUCGGAAAUGCGGUAUAGGUUUUACGAAAGCGCUUCAGCUCGAAAGAGAACCGUGACAGCCGAAGAAAGAGAAAGGGCAAUGAAUGCAGCCAAAGCAUUUGAACCGAGUAACCCUUUCUGCAGAGUCGUCUUGCGACCAUCGUAUCUAUACCGGGGAUGUAUCAUGUACCUACCAUCUUGCUUUGCCGAGCAUCUAAGUGGGGUUUCCGGGUUCAUUAAACUCCAACUUCCCGACGGGAAACAAUGGUCCGUUCGAUGUCUUUAUAGAGGAGGCAAAGCUAAGUUUAGCCAAGGAUGGUAUGAAUUCACAGUGGAGAACAAUUUAGGGGAAGGAGAUGUUUGUGUCUUCGAGCUGCUUAGAUCGAGGGAGUUCGUGCUUAAAGUGACUGUAUUCCGUGUAAUGGACGGCGCCGGACUAAUGCACCGAUCUCAAUACAAUGCCAACUAAGUUAAAACCGGCGGCUUGAGUGUACCAGCCGAUACGCAACUCUUUUUCAGGUGACAUGUUGACUGAGCCUAGGAAAGUGAAAUACACAAAAUUUUGUGGCUUGAUUAACUUUGUAAAUAGAUUGUUCAUUGAAGUUGACGUUGAACUGGAUUUGAAAAAUGGGGUUUUAAGCUUGAUUAUCAUCUGUUUGAUUGGUUUAAAAUUUUCAUGGCAUAUAUAUAUAUAUGUAUGCAUAUGUAUUGUGCUACUUGUACUUUUCAAUGGGUUUUUUAGGUUAAAUUUUGUUGUUAAUCCUGUA